UUACUUGUCUUAAGUCUUCUUCACCUAUUUUACUCUCACUUCUUCCAUUUUCCAAUUUCAUCAGACUCCAUAUUCCUAUAUUUCUACUUCACCGCCAAAUGGCCAGAGGUGCUUCUCAGUCUCAAUCGGCUACCACCACCUCCUCCAGACCAGGAGGAGUCGUAGCUCCCCGCGGCUCUGCUGCCGCCACCGCCGGCAUGCGCCGUCGUCGUCUUGGCUCUGGAAACACCACUGCCAGCGUCGGAGGUAGUUCCGGUGGAGGCAACAACAUGCUGAGAUUCUACACCGACGAUGCUCCGGGGCUGAAGAUAUCGCCGACGGUUGUUUUGGUUAUGAGCCUCUGCUUCAUCGGUUUCGUCACCGCGCUUCACGUGUUCGGGAAGCUGUAUCGUUACAAAUCUGGCGGUGGUGUAUGAUUGGAGGAUCCGAAUCUGAUAGUUUAGGUUUCGGAUCUUGAUCUUGAUCUUGAUAUGUGUUUAAAUCCAAACCGCUUUGUUUUCAUUUCUCUAAUUAGAAACUGCGUUUCUCCUAAGCUUAAUUAAUUUGACUAAUCUCUGUUUAAGUUAAGUUCUAUUGAAUUUGCAGGUUGCUUUGUUGUUGACUCGUUGUUAUCGAAGUAGCUUAGUUUGGUUGCGUUAAUUUUAAUUCCUUUUCAGAUUA